AUGCUCCUCUUGGGUGGUCCGUCACGGACCACCCAAGAGGCUACAUCGAUUCAUUCAGACCCAUCUAUACGAUCAAUAGUGGUCUUGCAUCCCACGCUGCUGUUGCGACUGGUCGGUACCCAGAAGACUUCUACAUGGGUGGAAACGUUACCAUGGUAUCUUACCACGGCCGCAGUCGCAGAGCAACUCUAUGACGCACUCAUCGUGUGGCAAGCGCAAGGCUCGCUCAGCAUCACGACAACCUCACUCGCGUUCUUCCAGCAGUUCAUGCCGACCGCGAAUACCGGAACUUUUGCCUCGACUACGACUACCUAUGCAACUCUGACUAGCGCCGUCAAAUCGUUCGCUGAUGGAUUCAUUAAUGUCAUUGCCAGAUAUACGCCGAGCGGGGGCGGACUGUCGGAACAAUAUAGCAAGAGCAAUGGGUCACCAGUUUCUGCAUCAGACCUGACAUGGUCGUAUGCCUCUGUCCUGUCCGCGUUUUCAGCCCGUGCUGGGACAAGACCUGCUAGUUGGGGCGCCUCUGGGCUCACGGUUCCUCCAUCGUGCCAAACAAGCCCCGGAACUCAGCCCGCAUGGGUCGCGGUGACAUUCAACGUUGUUGCGACGACUUUUUUUGGAGAAAACAUCUAUAUCACGGGGAACACCGAUGGACUGCAGAACUGGGAAACGGAUACCGCGGCUCUGCUUUCGUCGGUCAACUAUCCCACUUGGAGCAUUACGAUCAAUGUCCCUGCAUCGACAGACAUUCAGUACAAGUACAUACGCAAGGUCAACGGGGUAUUUGAGUCCUGGGAAUCUGACCCGAACAACGAGUUCAUGUCGCCGAAGAGCGGUACAUUGGUCAGGAACGACCAAUGGCGGUAA